AUGGCUGAGUUCCCCAAGCACCCAUUCUUGCUCACCGUCGAGGAAACAGAACAGGCCCUCGGAACCCAUGUCGAUCGAGGUUUGCUCUCGGAGCAGGUCUCUGACCUGCAGUCGAGAUAUCCCAAGAAUGAACUCGACGUGGGCGGUACUAUACCAUGGUAUAGCAUUCUCGCAAAGCAAAUCCUCAAUGCCAUGAUCAUUGUCCUUGUCUUUGCCAUGGCUCUUAGCUUUGGCAUCCAAGACUAUAUUGAAGGAGGAGUCCUUGCUUGUGUCAUCGUUCUCAACGUCACCAUUGGCUUCUGGCAAGAGUACCGUGCAGAGAAACGCAUGGACGCUCUCCGUGCUCUGUCGUCUCCCAGCGCCAUGGUCCUUCGUGAUGGCAAUACUCAGGUCAUCCCCAACUCCGAGGUCGUCCCUGGUGACAUCGUCUUCCUCAAAAUGGGCGACACCGUACCCGCAGACCUCCGCCUCUUCGAAGCCAUGAACCUCGCCUGCGAAGAAGGCCAACUCACCGGCGAAUCCAUUCCCGUCGAGAAAAUCACAUCCAACUACAUCACCGCCCAUGGCUCCGAUACGGCUGCCACCUCCGAAGCAGAGGUCGGCAUCGGUGACCGCAUCAACAUGGCCUAUGCCACAACUGUCGUGCAAAAAGGCCGCGGCAGAGGCAUCGUCGUCGCCACGGGCAUGGCCACCGAGGUGGGCAAAAUUGCUGCCUCGACGGCCAAGAAGAGCCGCAAGGCUGGGCGGUCGAUGAACUGGCGCAAGUAUGGCAAGAAGCAACCUGUCGUUGGCUUGUCGAAGCGCAUCUACGAUUUUGUGGGCAAGUUUCUUGGCCUCACGGUGGGAACGCCACUGCAGCGCAAGUUGUCGGCCUUGGCCUAUCUUCUGUUUGGCUGUGCCGUUAUUCUCGCCAUGAUUGUGUUUGGUGUUAAUCACUUUAACAUGCGGCACGAGGUCAUCAUCUAUGCGACCUCUCUUGGCAUCGCCAUCAUUCCCGAGUCUCUUGUUGCUGUCCUAACAAUCACCAUGGUCGUCGCCGUAACUGUCAUGCGCAAGGCCAACGUCGUCGUCCGUGAUCUCUCCGCCCUCGAGGCUCUCGGCGGCGUCACCAACAUCUGCUCCGAUAAAACCGGAACGCUGACUGAAGGUGCCAUGAUUGUGCGCCAAGCAUGGAUCCCCUCUUCCCACGUCUACACCGUCCACGAUUCUCAAAAUCCCAACGAUCCCACAAAGGGACGUGUCUUCGAUGUGCCGGAUGAGAAACUGAAUAUCUCGUCGCCGAAGCAGCCGCAGAGCCCGGAGCCGGAGACGAAAAUGACGGACGAACUACGUGCUUUCCUGCUCUCUUCUGCGCUCUGCAACCUCGCCACUGUGAGAUUCGACCAAGAGGAAGAAAAGUGGCAGACCACCGGCGAACCAACAGAGAUUGCACUUCAGGUCUUUGCGCACCGCUUUAAUUACGGUAAGAAGAAUCUCGAAGGGCAGGGAUGGCAGCAAGUCGCCGAGUUCCCCUUUGACAGUUCCAUCAAGCGCAUGUCAGUCAUCUACAACGCCCCCGAGGAUGAAAAUGGCUUGAUUGCCGGCUCUGAGAAUAGCAUCGUCUUUACGAAGGGUGCUGUGGAGCGCAUUCUUGACAUGUGUGCUUUCGCCGGCAUUGGAGAAGCUCAGCAGCCCAUGACAGAUGAAUUAAAGGAAUCUGUUCUCGGGCAGAUGAAUGCUCUUGCAUCACAAGGCCAGCGAGUCCUUGCCGUGGCGUAUCGCCCGUGGGAAGGAAGAUUUACAUCCAAACAAUCAAGCUCUGCCGAGGAAGACGAACAACUGCGCUCAACAGCCGAGCAAAACCUCGUGCUUCUCGGCCUCGCCGGCAUCUACGAUCCUCCCCGUAGGGAGACUAAAGCUUCUAUAUCGGAGUGUUCACAGGCCGGUAUCAAGGUCCACAUGCUUACAGGCGACCACCCGGAGACGGCCAAGGCCAUUGCCAAAGAAGUCGGCAUCAUCCCCAGAAACCUCAAUAUCCUACCUGAAAGCGUCGCCACGUCGGUCGUGGUGAAAGCCACGGAGUUUGAUAAGAUGACAGAUGCCGAGAUUGAUGCGCUGGAGGAGCUCCCGCUAGUCAUUGCCCGCUGUGCUCCGGAUACCAAGACCCGCAUGAUUGAGGCACUUCGUCGGCGUGGGGCCUUCAUGGCCAUGACUGGCGACGGCGUCAACGAUGCUCCAUCCCUUUCUCGCGCAGAUGUCGGCAUCGCCAUGGGCUCUGGCUCCGACGUGGCCAAGUCCGCGGCCAAGAUUGUGCUAACCGACGACAAGUUCAACUCCAUCGUGGCCGCCAUCCGCGAGGGCCGUCGCAUGUUUGACAAUAUCCAGAAAUUCGUGCUGCACUUGCUCACGUCCAAUGUCGGCGAAGUGAUUCUCCUCGUCGCGGGCCUCGGCUUCGUCGACGAGAUGGGCUUCUCCGUCUUCCCCGUUUCCCCCUUGCAAAUCAUCUGGAUCAACAUGGCCACGUCGUCGUUCCCGGCGUUUGGACUUGGUCGCGAAGCCGCGGCCCAGGAGGUGAUGCGCAAGCUGCCCCAGGACAAGAAGCGAGGCGUCUUCACCAACCAGAUCAUCGUCGACAUGAUUGUCUACGGCAUCCUGAUGGGGGCGUGCACGCUCUGCACGUUCUGCAUCAUCAUCUACGGGGCCAACGACGGAAACCUCGGUUACGACUGCAAUACCAAGUUUUCCGACGCUUGCAUCCCCGUGUUCCGGGCUCGAGCGGCGACGUUUGCGCUCCUGACGUGGCUCAUCCUCAUUUCCGCAUGGGAGUUCAAGAGUCUCCGCCGGUCCAUGUUCCGGCUCAACCCCAACGACGACAGCUUCUUCCCCUUUUUCAGGGACAUUUACAGCAACCGGUUUCUGUUUUGGUCCGUCAUCAUCGGCAGCCUGUCCGUCUUCCCCGUCGUCUACAUUCCCUUCCUCAAUACCCGCUUCUUUAAGCACAUUGGCAUCUCCUGGGAGUGGGCGCUCUCCGUGGGAUUCACCUUGGUGUUCGUUACAGGCAUCGAGCUGUGGAAACUCGUCAAGCGGCGCUUCCGGCUUCUGGAAGACGGUGCCGUGCAGAGGGGCCACUGGGGCCAAGGGGGUCCGGAAGACGACGGACCAAGAUUCAAGAAGACGUUUUCCGUAUCGAGCUUCAAGACAUGGGUGUCGUUUUCGAGAAGAGAGACAGGGGAUAGUGUCAUGAUGCGAGCGCAUACUCAGACUCGUGUAGCGGAUGUACCUGUACAGGUAUGA